GAUGACGAAAUCAAGGGACAUAAUCUAAUCGAAGCGAGGGUCUGCGUAUAUUUCUGCAAAGCUAUAUUCAAAUUUGUAAGGAUGACGGAGAAUGACGUUGAGAACGAGCUGUUGGACUAUGAGGAGGACGAGGUGGAUGGAGGAGGCGGAGUUGGGGACGGGCUGGGCAGCGGCACCGGGGACCCCAUGGCCUUGCGGAAGGAAGGGGUGAAGGGCUCCUACGUGUCCAUCCACUCCUCAGGCUUCAGGGACUUCCUGCUGAAACCCGAGCUGCUCAGAGCCAUCGUGGACUGCGGGUUCGAGCACCCCUCCGAGGUUCAGCACGAGUGCAUCCCGCAGGCCAUACUGGGUAUGGAUGUGCUGUGCCAGGCCAAGUCGGGCAUGGGGAAGACGGCCGUGUUUGUCCUGGCCACUCUGCAGCAGCUGGAGCCCGUCACCGGCCAGGUGUCAGUGCUGGUGAUGUGUCACACCAGAGAGCUGGCCUUCCAGAUCAGCAAGGAGUACGAGAGAUUCUCCAAGUACAUGCCUGCAGUCAAGGUGGGUGUGUUCUUCGGGGGCCUGUCCAUCAAGAAGGACGAGGAGGUGCUGAAGAGGGAGAGCCCCCACGUGGUGGUGGGCACGCCGGGCCGCAUCCUGGCCCUGUCCCGCAACAAGAGCCUCAACCUGCGACACAUCAAGCACUUCAUCCUGGACGAGUGCGACAAGAUGCUGGAGCAGCUCGACAUGCGCCGGGAUGUCCAGGAGAUCUUCCGAAUGACCCCCCACGAGAAGCAGGUCAUGAUGUUCAGCGCCACCCUGAGCAAAGAGAUCCGCCCUGUCUGCCGAAAGUUCAUGCAAGAUCCAAUGGAAAUCUUUGUGGACGAUGAGACCAAGCUGACGUUGCACGGCCUGCAGCAGUACUACGUCAAGCUGAAGGACAACGAGAAGAACAGGAAGCUCUUCGAUCUGCUGGACGUGCUGGAGUUCAACCAGGUGGUGAUCUUCGUGAAGUCGGUGCAGCGCUGCGUGGCUCUGGCCCAGCUGCUGGUGGAGCAGAACUUUCCCGCCAUCGCCAUCCACAGAGGCAUGCCCCAGGAGGAGAGACUCGCUCGCUAUCAGCAGUUUAAGGACUUCCAGAGGCGAAUUCUGGUGGCCACCAACCUGUUCGGCCGAGGUAUGGACAUCGAGAGGGUCAACAUCGCCUUCAACUACGACAUGCCAGAGGACUCCGACACAUACUUGCACAGGGUGGCCAGGGCAGGUAGGUUCGGGACGAAGGGUCUUGCCAUCACCUUUGUCUCGGACGAGAGCGAUGCCCGCACCCUGAACGACGUGCAGGACAGGUUUGAGGUGAACAUCAGCGAGCUCCCUGAGGAGAUCGACAUCUCCUCCUACAUUGAACAGACCCGAUAAACAAGAGGAGAAGAGGAAGCAGAGAAUUCUUUUUUUUUUCUUUUUGAGGGGGUGGGCAAUAUCUCAGUAAAGAAAAAGAUCAUUGGACAGUUAGUCUAAACUCACUCAAAAGUGAUUGGUUCUCCGGUUCAAAAUGACGAAAUGAGUAUAUAGAGAGAAAAAAACCCA